CACUCUCGGCGCUGAAGGACCCCUGAGCAUCUAAACAUGGCGGCUGUCACAAGGCUGUGUUGUGUCCUCAGGUUAUCAUAUGAAGGUGUUGGAACACUGAGAGCACUAGGGGGCGCCGCUCAACUAUCCCACUUUGUCAGACGCAGUCCGACCCAGCACGCUCCAGUCACAGCCACCCUGCAGCCAAACAGACAUAGCAGCUUCUUCAACAAAUUGACAGCUGAAGAGCUCUGGCGGGGUGUCUUAGCUGAGACUGGCGCCGGUGCCAGAAAGGGACGAGGAAAGAGAACCAAACGUAAAUUGAAAAGAGAUCUCAACAGAGGACAGAAUCUUGGAGAAGGUCGUGCUGGGUAUCUGUGGCCCGGUCUGAACACGGCUGUGUAUAAGGAUGGUUCCGUCCAGAGGCCCUCACAGCGAGGGGAGGCAGAGCAAAAAGAGGUCACAGCAGCCCUGGAACGCCAAAGAGAUGAAUGGGACAAACGCAGGAAGACCAAGAUAAAGAGAGAGAGAGGAUGGACGGGCAACUCCUGGGGUGGGAUCAGUCUGGGCCCGCCGGACCCAGGUCCCAACGGAGAAACGUAUGAAGAUUUCGACUCGCGUGUCAUAGAGGUGAGUACAACACGAAAUUGCAAUUGCAUUUAAAACUCAUUUAACUCU